AUGGAUCUGGAGCCCACCCUGAUGAGACCAUCGGUCUUUGACCCCAUCUCUCAGAGCAGCAUCAAGGCGAUCCUGGAGGAUCAGCAACUGUGGAAGCGGUUUGAUGAGCUCGGAACCGAAAUGAUCAUCACUAAAGCUGGAAGGCGAAUGUUUCCUCAGUGUAAAAUCAGUGUGAGUGGGUUACUUCCUUUCUCCAGCUAUAUGAUGCUGGUGGAGCUGUUGCCAGCUGAUGCCUUAAGAUACAAGUGGAAUAAGGAUCACUGGAUCGUGGCUGGGAAGUCGGAACCUCGGCCUCCGUGUAGGACAUAUGUUCAUCCGGAUUCUCCAGCUCUGGGCAGCCACUGGAUGAAACAGCCAUUCGCUUUCCAGAAACUCAAACUCACCAACAACACUCUGGAUCAGUCUGGCCAUCUUAUUCUACACUCGAUGCACCGCUACCAGCCUCAGUUUCACAUUGUCCAGGCCGACAGCUUGUUCAAUAUCUCAUGGAGCAUUUUCCAAACCUUCACAUUCCCAGAAACUGUGUUCAUGGCUGUCACUGCCUAUCAGAACGAGAAGAUCACAAAACUCAAGAUUGACCACAAUCCAUUUGCCAAAGGAUUUAGAGAGACUGGAUUGAACAAUAAAAGGGAGCAGUUAGUGAGAGCUCAGUCCAACCUAGACACAGCAUUGAAAAGAAAAAGGAGAGCACUGUCUGAGCGGAGCAGUGAGGAUCCAACAGAACCUGAGUUGCCGUGUGAAGAGUUGAGUGCAGAUAUCAGAGCUGGUGAGCAGAUCAACACAGCUUACAGUGCGGGGUCGGGAGAAUGCAACAUCGAUGUUCUGAAUGAAUCGCAGUCAGACAGUGGCUCCAGGUUACAAUGCGGCAGUGAUUUCAGGUCAAUGCUUUGCACUGAUCUCAAGCCUCCUCCAGAACAAAUGCCCAGUCGAUCCAAUGUGGAAGUCAAACCAACAACUUCAGAGACAGUGCCAGAAGCCUACAACCACCCUCUCUCUAGUUGCCAUCUCUCCCAGGACUACGGCAGUGUGUUUAACCUCCCAGUCAGCAGUGGGGGGAAGCCGGGGCUGGUUGGCCGAAUGUACAAUCCUCCCAGCCUUCAGGGUCCUUGGAACGCCUUGGCUCACCGCCCGCACCUGAAUGACAUCAACCCAACAGGAUACCCAGUGCACCUCGGCACUGAAUGUGGAAGCCAUGGAAUGCAUGGGUACCACAGUGCCAGUACAAUGGCUGAGCAGACCCAAUGCCCUCUGUUCCCAUAUGCAUUUUGGUGA